AUGUCAGGAGAGACGAGAGCCGCCCCUCUCCGUUUGGGGUCAAUUGCCCCCAACUUUCAAGCGGAAACCACUAUCGGGCCCAUCGACUUUCACGAGUGGGCGGGCACCGACUGGGUGAUCCUGUUCUCUCACCCGGAGGAUUACACCCCCGUCUGUACAACCGAAUUAGCUGCGUUGGCAAAGCACGAGCCUGAAUUCACCAAGCGCCACGUUAAACUCAUUGGACUCUCGGCCAACUCCAUUGAGUCGCACGAUGGCUGGAUCAACGACAUUUCUGAGAUUGCGGGAUGUCCCUUGACCUUUCCCGUUAUCGGCGAUAAGGAUCGCCAGAUCGCUUUUGCCUAUGAUAUGUUGGAUCACCAAGAUACCACCAAUGUGGACUCCAGAGGAAUCGCCUACACCAUCCGGUCCGUCUUCAUUAUCGACCCAAACAAGGUCAUCCGCCUGAUCCAGGCCUAUCCCGCCUCUACGGGGCGUAACACGCCCGAACUGCUCCGCGUUAUUGACUCUUUACUCGCUACCGACAAAUAUUGCAUCAACACGCCCGUUAACUGGCAGCCCGGUGACAAUGUGGUCGUCCCUGUUAGUGUUAGUGAUGAAGAUGCCAAGACCAAGUACCCGGAUAUGACAGCGGUCAAACCGUACUUGCGAUUCACCCCGUUGGCGAAAGAUGACAUCCUCCCUCGCGAGUAA